UCUUUGUCCAAUACACUCGUAUGGUAUAUAUCAUGGCUUUUUUCCCCAUUCCCAGCCAUCUAUCUCACUCCACGUUCCUACGUUCCUGACUUUACCGUCUGUCUCACUCUUUCAUUCGUGGCGUCUGGCAACUUUUCACUCUUUUUCAUUUUAGAUAUAAGGGAUUUACUCGCCCUUGUUUCCAAACAAUUACCUUCUUUACCAAGUACCCUCAGUGGUUCCCUUUCACUCUUUCUAUUUUCGUUGCCAAGCACGACAAAGCCACCACCAAUCGGAGCCCACGACCGUGUAGUUGGAAAACAAUACGGAACCGACGAUUCGACUUGAGUCUUCACUUAUAAGCCAGCGCAAGACCCGCUAUAUUCUUUCUGAGAAAGACGUUGAUCGAUUUUUUACCUUUUCCAAAAACUUUUAUCAGUUCUUUCUAGAGGAAGUCUCCAGCCAGCAACCAUGAAAUUUCAAGUCGCUACCAUUGCCGCCGGCCUCCUCUUGGCCGGCCAGGCGGUCGCCGCCCCCGCCCCUAGCGCCCCCCUCAGGGCCAGGGAUGGGAAGACGGCGGCAGAGAUCGUGGCCGAGAUCGCGCCCGACUCCAAGACCUGCGACGGGUCGGCGGAGUGCCGCACCGCCGACCAGGCCGGGCCCCUACUCGCCGACGCCAUGGUCAAGUACGGCGUCUACGCCCCCGGCCAGAUCGCGGGCAUCAUCGCGCUGACGGCCUUCGAGUCCGUCAACUACAAGUACAAGCACAACGUCUCGCCCGGCCGCCCCGGUCAGGGCACCUCCAACAUGCAGCAGUUCAACUACAACCUGAUGUACGCCCAGUCCAUCCCCGAGCUCAAGAGCCAGGUCGCCGGCGUCGACGCCAACGCCGCCGACGACAAGAAGAACGACGUCCUGGCCCUCGUCAACGCCGACGAGUACAACUUCGGCUCCGGCCCCUGGUUCCUCACCACCCAGUGCACGAGCGACGUCCAGACCGCCCUCGCGAAGGGCGACGACGCCGGAUUCCAGGCCUACAUGGGCUGCGUGGGCGUCACCCUCACCUCGGACAGGACGGCUUACUGGACCAGGGCCAAGUCUGCUUUCGGCCUUGCCUAGGUUUUCGUUUUCGAUGGGUAUUUUUAAGGACUCUCUUGGCCAUGCAUGGACGAAAAUAUGCGGAGUUGAGGUUCGGACAUUUUGAUGAAAUGGCAUUUGGCAUUAUCGUUUUUACGUCGCAUCAUUGAGCAAGGGAAAAAAGAGAUAGCGGUUCUGUGCUUCGGGGGAUUCGGUCGUCUUCGCUUCUGUGUAUAUUGAAUUUAUCCAUGAUUUUUAUAUAAAUGAUGUUCAUGGCAUGAUUGUGAUUAUGGUUAUGAUUUUCAUGUGAUGCGUCGUGAAGCGGCAAGAUUACGAUCUAUUAUUAUACCAACGAGUAACUCGUCGACUACGCUAUAGACAGGCCCGGCUCUAGCACUUGAGGGUUGCGAUCAGUCCAUAAGUGCUAGCUAAAGCUGUGCUGGAACUAGCUUGCUUGCAAAUCCUAAUA